AUGGCGGGUCCUGACGAGCGGACGCCGCUCCUGGGCUCCUCCGGCUCCGUCACGCGGCGGGCGGUGUCGGCGUUCGCGGGCCGGCGCGCGGCGUGCGGCGCUGUACUGCUGACGGAGCUGCUGGAACGCGCCGCCUUCUACGGCGUCACGGCCAACCUGGUCCUGUUCUUGAACGGCGCGCCGUUCGGCUGGGAGGGCGCGCAGGCCAGUCAGGCGCUGCUGCUCUUCAUGGGCGUCACCUACCUGGUGUCGCCGUUCGGCGGCUGGCUGGCCGACGCGCUGCUCGGCAAGGCAAACGCCAUUGUGCUCAGCCUGGCGCUCUACCUGCUGGGCAUGCUGGCCUUCCCUCUUGUCGCCGCGGGUACCACGCGCGCCGCGCUCUGCGGACCCCUGCGCCCAGCGCUUGUCGAGAACUGCUCGGCGCCCUUCCCCAACGGCAGCGCCGCCUGCCACGACGGGCCCCCGCGCUACUGCGCGCCUGCCACCUUCCUGGGGCUCGUGGUCGUCGGCCUCGGCGUGGGCACCGUCAAGGCCAACAUCACGCCGUUCGGCGCCGACCAGGUUAAAGAUCGAGGUCCCGAAGCCACGAGAAGAUUUUUUAACUGGUUUUACUGGAGCAUUAACUUGGGGGCUAUUGUGUCCCUGGGCGGCAUCGCAUACAUUCAGCAGAACGUGAGCUUCUUCACCGGCUACGUUAUCCCCACCGUGUGCAUCGGUGUGGCUUUCGUGGUCUUCCUCUGUGGCCAGAGCUUUUUCAUCACCAAGCCUCCCGACGGCAGUGCUUUUACAGACGUGUUCAAGAUUCUGGCAUAUUCCUGCUGUCCACAGAAGCAGCUGGGGAAACACUGUGCGAGGAGUGAAAGCAGUGGCGUCUCUCAGCAACCUUCUAAACACAGUCUGUUUGAUUCAUGUAAGAUGUCUCGAGGAGGACCGUUUCCUGAAGAUAAAGUGGAAGAUGUGAAAGCUCUUGUCAAGAUUAUCCCUGUUUUCUUGGCUUUGAUACCUUACUGGACAGUGUAUUUUCAAAUGCAGACAACGUAUGUUUUACAGAGUCUUCAUUUGAAGAUUCCAGAAAUUUCAAGUAUCACACCAACCCCUCAUACGUUCCCCGCAGCCUGGCUGACCAUGUUCGAUGCCGUGCUCAUCCUCCUGCUGAUCCCUCUGAAGGACAAGCUGGUUGAUCCCGUUUUGAGAAGAAACGGCUUACUCCCCUCAUCCUUAAAAAGGAUCGCUGUUGGGAUGUUCUUCGUGAUGUGUUCCGCCUUUGCUGCAGGAAUUCUGGAAAGCAAGCGGCUGAACCUCGUGAGAGAUAAGACCAUCAACCAGACCAUCGGAGGUGUCCUGUAUCACGCGGCCGACCUGACCAUCUGGUGGCAGCUUCCACAGUACGUGCUGAUCGGGAUCAGUGAGAUCUUCGCCAGCAUAGCAGGUCUGGAGUUUGCGUACUCGGCCGCCCCCAAGUCCAUGCAGAGCGCCAUCAUGGGCUUGUUCUUCUUCUUCUCCGGCAUUGGGUCCUUUGUGGGCUCCGGCCUCUUGGCCCUCGUGUCCGUCAAAGCCAUCGGCUGGAUGAGCAGCCACACAGACUUCGGUAAUAUUAACGGCUGCUACCUGAACUACUACUUUUUUCUUCUGGCUGCUAUUCAAGGAGCUACCCUCCUGCUGUUCCUUAUUGUUUCUGUGAAAUACGACCGGCAGCGAUCCCGAGCUAAUGGCACACCUGCCGGUGGGAGGACCUGA